AUGCCUACCAAAUCACGCAUCGCGCUUAUGAAAGAGCGAUUUUAUAGUACUUUAGCGUCAUUAAGAACGUUAACAAACGCUAAGAACACUGCUUAUAUUGAAGAUGAACGUUAUAAAGAGUUAAUUGAAGACGUUUCCACGGCAAAAAUAACAGCCAGAAAGACUUCUCGUGAUUAUUGGUUAUUGAGGCGAUACGAUGUGCUUACCAUUGACCAGAAAAGUAAGCUUAUUUUUCCUGUUAAAGACACUACAAUCACUAUUAUUUACUACGCAUGUGAUAGCGAGUUAUUCGGCAUAUUACACGAGGCACAUAUUCAAAUUGGUCACGGCGGAAGAGAUCGUAUGAUGAAAGAGGUAGGGAGUCACUACAAAAACAUAACACGUAAGGAUAUAGAAACUUAUCUUGAACUUUGUGAACCCUGUCAACAAAAGCAAAAAAACAUCAAAAAAGGCAUUGUUGUAAAGCCUAUUAUAUCGUCAGAGUUUAACUCUAGAUGCCAAGUGGAUCUGAUAGAUUUUCGGUCCCAGCCCGACGGUGAUAACAAAUUUAUAAUGGUGUAUCAAGAUCAUUUAACAAAAUUUGUUGUUUUAAAACCACUUAAAACAAAACGAGCUGAGGAAGUGGCUCACACUUUAUUGGACAUAUUUACUCUACUUGGUGCUCCUGCAAUACUUCAGUCUGAUAACGGCAGAGAAUUUUCCGACCGAAUUAUUGAGAAUUUAAAAACAUAUUGGCCUACUUUAAAAAUUAUUCAUGAGCUUUUCACGCUGGUAUUAAUCAAUCCUUAUGAGGCACUUUUUGGGUGUAAAGUAAAAGUUGGUUUACAGUUACCCAAUGAUUUCACGCAAAAUGUAGAAACUGAAGAAGAUUUGGAGAAAAUUAUACAGGACCUUACCAAAAAAGAAGAAGAUCCCGAAGUCACUGCAUGUGAAUUCUCUAAGGUGAACACGGAGGCAAGUCAAGUUUCUAACAACGAUUCAGAUCAACGCGAAACAAAUACGCAACCUCCAGCUUGCACCCUCCAAUGCAGCGUCUGUUCACAAGAAACUACAGAGGCUCAUACAUGUAGAGAAUGUGGAUGUGCAAUCCACGCUAUUUGCGCUGUUGCUGAAGAAUCAUCUGAUGAAGGAUUUGGACUAAAAUUUUGUGUCUAUUAUGUUCAAAAAAAUAUAAAGUACAAGAUAAUCGUCAAAGUGCUAAGAAAAACCUACAACAUCAGGCUGAAAAAAUGCUGA